ACCGCACCGCACCGUUCAACUGUUGUUGAAGUGCAGCCCUGCCUGUCCGGAGCGCGAACAACACACACACACACACAUGUUCAUACACUCUCACACACACACUGACUAACACACACUCUCUGGACUCGGACUUUGUUUCUACUUUCAGUGAAGUUACUUUUGUCGAAAUGUUUGGAGGGGGAAUCUAAGCAGCAUCGUGACGUGGGAGAGCCGCUGCUCAGUGAGUGUGGAUGUGAGGCAGCGCCGUGGACGGCUGGUUUCAGUGUGUACUGUUCAGAUGAAUAAUCCUCUGCGUUGCCAACAUUGACUGACAAGACAAGAAAGGAAUGGGAUAUGAUUCCAGGUGAUCGUGAGGAGGAAGUCUUCAGCUUAACAAAGAACAUAGAUGAGUAUUUGCCAUGCUACAUGGGAAGGCUCUGAACUCCACCCUGCUCUUACUCCUCACCCUCAUCAUCUCUGCCAGUGCCCAUGGUCGCUCCUACCCUCGUUUCUCCCGUAAUGACACUGAAUUCCAGCACCUGGUUCUCCACCCGGACCCCUCAAUGGGGACGGUGUACGUGGGGGCCAGGGACCACCUCUUCCAGCUGGAUGGAUCAGAUGGACUCCGGCUGGAGCAAGAGGAGACGACUGGUCCUGUGAGCGACAGCAAAGACUGCCUCCCCCCAGUCACUGAGUUUAACUGUCCGCAGGCCAGGAGAACCAGUAACCACAACAAAUUACUGCUGGUGGAUUCGAAGGCGUCGCAGUUGAUCACCUGUGGCAGCAUCCACCAGGGCACCUGCCAGAAACGCAACCUGACAUCCAUCAAGGAGGUUCUCUUCUCCACCGAGAGGCCCGUGGAUACGCAGUAUGUCGCAGCCAAUGAUCCGUCGGUGUCAACCGUGGGCCUGGUGGUGGGGCUUCGUAGCGGAGAACGGACAGUGAUGUAUGUGGGUAGGGGCUAUACCGCCAGCCAUCCGCCCAUCUCCACCCGCCACCUUUCUUCAGAACCCAUCUUUUCCUAUGAGGAGACGGCUAAGCUGGCUGUGGCCGGGCGCCUAUCGGAAUACGACCACCACUUCGUGAAGGCGUUCACGCGUCGCACGUAUGUGUACUUCUUGUUUUACCGCCGGGACAUCAAGUCGCCAUCAAGGGAGUACCGCACCUAUGCCGCCAGAGUGUGUCUGGAUGACACGUCCUACUAUUCCUACGUGGAAGUUCCUCUUGUCUGCCGGUCUCCUUCUUCUCCCUUCAAGACUUACAACCUGCUCCAGGCUGCACAGGUGGGACAAGGUACAGACAGGGAGGGCGAGGAUCUCCUGGGAGUUUUCUCCACCCGCAUCGGCUCCACAAACAACAAUCCCUUGGAUGCCUCAGCUCUGUGCGUCUACCCACUGGAUGAGCUAGAUGCAUACAUCGACUCCACUCGUGAUCUCUGCUACACCAAGGACGGCCGGGUGGAGGGAAGAGGGGAGGUGGCCUACAUAGAGUAUGAGGUCAAGUCCAGCUGUGCAAACCUGCCUGUGAAUACCCUUAAGGCGUACCCCUGCGGCUCUGACCACACCCCCAGUCCGAUGGCAAGCCGGGAACCGCUGGAAGCUAAAGCCGCGUGGCACACCUCAGCCGCCCGUCUCACUGCUGUGGCGGUCAGUGUCAGAGAAGGACACAGCAUCGCCUUCCUUGGAGACUCCAAAGGGACUCUGCACAAGGUAUAUCUGGGCCAAGAUGGACAGGUGGAGGUAUAUGCGAACAUGACCAUCCAGCCCAACUCACCCAUUAACAGUGACCUUUUACUGGACCAGAAUGGAGCACACAUCUACAUCAUGACCAAAACUACUGUAGAGAAGCAUCCUGUGGCAGAAUGUGGGGAUCACCUGGACUGUCAGUCCUGUUUGUCUGCCAAAGACCCCUACUGUGGCUGGUGUGUCCUGGAGGGACGGUGCGGUCAGCGCUGGGAGUGCCAGAGAGGGUCUGAGCAGGGCCAGUGGCUGUGGAGUUUUAACCAGACGCAGCAGUGCCUCAGUAUCCAGCACCUGAGCCUCUACAACAUAAGCCGCGGGGAGAAAGACGAUAUUACAGUGUCAGUAGAGGGCCUCCCGAGUCUGGGAAAAGGAGAAGCCUACUCCUGCUUCUUCCAGGACACGGAAACUCCUGCCUCACUCACUGACACUGGCGUGUUGUGCUCCACUCCUGAUGCCAGCAGUUUGCCCCCCAUUAGCCAUGGAGAUGAGUUUGUGAUCGUGACCCUGUCACUGCGUUUCACAAACGUGACGGUGGCAGAAACAGAAUUCACCUUCUACAACUGCAGCUUGGUCCAGCAGCUCUCUGGACGCAGGCCAUGUCAAGGGUGUGUUAGUAGUCGCUGGGGGUGCAACUGGUGUAUCCACCAGCAUGUCUGCACGCACAAACACACCUGCAGCCAAGGAGUCACCAUCUACAACCAAAACUUCAAACCGCCAACACGCACCAUCCCACCACCCACCAGAACACUGACCCCUUUACCUCCCACUGUCCCGACUGCUACAACAACAACAACAACAACAACAACUCAGCCACCACCCACAGUGACACCUGUCCCCACCACAGCAGCUGUCCCUUCAACUACCACCACAGUGACACCACCCACCACCUCUAAAUCUGAAUCCACCACACCCCUUACCACGGCCACAACUUCCCCAUCUCUCAGGAUCUUCACCCAGGCCACCACCCUUCACACUGAUGUGAGCACCGCAGGCGGGUCCCUCUCUCUAUCUGUGGAGGAAGUGACAGAGGGAACUGGUGGCACUGCAAGAGGUCUUUCAGAGGGCGAGAAGGCUGAAACCUGGAAUAUCACUGAUGAAACUCCACACACUACUAUACCCAGUAGCACUAGUGGCCAGGUAGACUCUGAGCUGAGAUUUUUAGAGCCGUCCGGCGAAGUUGUGGACUCUUCCUCCGAUGUGAGCUCAACCACCUCCAGCGAAGUGGCCCUAUUAAUAGACCCCUCUGUCAGUGAUGAUAAAGAGGACAUUCCUCUGACCAGCUCCGAAGACAGUGACUCACCUCUGUGGUUGAGUGAGUGGGGGAAGCCGGGGGGAGAGACUGACUUGAACUCUGCAACAGGUGCCAGCGAAAAGUCGUUCAUCUACACGCAGUCACCUGAAACAGUUAUUGCCCCCAACUCUGAAUCUGCAACAAACUACCAAUCAGAUUCUUCGACCAACUCUUACUUUCCGGAAUGUCCGUGUGUGGAGAGAGUUCAGGAUUCCUCUCUCCUCCCUGUCAACGUGGAGAGGAAGGUCACUCUGGUGGGACAACACCUAAACCUGUUUCAGGAUGAGAAUCUGGACUACGAGUGUGUGUUGGACAUCGAGAAUCAAUCAGUGGUGGUGGACGCCUCCGUGGAGCUGGAUGCCAAGCAACAAUCCGUCUUCUUUAUCACCUGCCAACCACACAAGUAUGCAUAUUCUGCCAUGAUGGAGGAAUACGCAGCCACAAUCAACGUGAGGAGAAAAAACAACUUCCACAUCGACAGCGCAGAGGAUCUGUACGUCACUCUGUUCAAUUGUUCAGUGGGCCGGUCGGACUGCAGCCGGUGUCGCACCGCAGACCCAAAGUAUGGCUGCGUUUGGUGUGGAGGUACUGCAAGCUCUCGCUGUGUGUACCAGGACUCCUGCACCGACGAGGUCCAACACACCUGUCCUGCUCCUGUCAUUCACUUUUUGGACCCGGUAUCCGGUCCCGUAGAGGGCGGGACAGUGGUGACCAUUUCAGGCUCUAACCUUGGCCAGAGAGCUGAAGACAUCCAGAACUCAGUCACAGUAGCUGGAGUCACCUGCAAUGUCAUCCAGAGCAGAUAUGAAGUCUCCUCAAGGAUCGUGUGUGAGACUAUGUGGAGUGGAGGCGAGAGGAGCGGCCAGGCCUCAGUCAAAGUGAGGGGAGGAGGACUCGGAUUGUCUGCUCAGAUCUUCAGCUUUCAGGAUCCAGUGCUCAGCAGCAUCUUCCCCCAAAGGGGUCCAAAGGCGGGGGGCUCGUCUCUCACCAUCAGAGGACGGAGACUGAGGACCGGACACCCGAGUGAAGUCAGCGUCUUAAUCGGAGGAGUUCCAUGUGUGGUGCUAAACAUCCAGGAGGACCAGAUCAGCUGUCUGACACGAGGCAGCAACAGAACAGGAGAGCACAGCAUCACCGUGCGCUUUGGUGGGGCAGAGCGCCACCUGCAGGGCUUGGUUUAUCAUUACACCCCCAACCCCAACAUCACAAUGGCUGCUCCGUCCAAAAGCUUUCUCAGUGGAGGCAGAAUCAUCAGAGUCUCUGGUCAGAACCUGGAUGUGGUCCAGGAGCCAAAAAUGAGGGUCACCCUAAGUCCUCCUGACACUCUUCCCCCGAGAAGGAGGAGGAGGAGCCCGGAUAGGAGGAAUGAAGGAAUCCUGAACAGAGGACAGGAUCUUCGGGGUCCACUGAAGAGAUGGAGGAGGAUCGUCCCAGAGGUGGACUGCCCCGAGGGCACACUCUGUCACGUCAAACAAUACGAGUCUCGCUGCACAGUGAACAGCUCCUCCCUCAUCUCGUGUCCGACCCCUGCGGUAGGUCCAGAGGCCAGGAGAGCCAGGGUCAAGGUUCAUUUCCUGUUGGACAGCCUCCAUUUUGACUUCAGCACUGUGGGGAGUGAAGCCUUCAGCUACGAGCCCAACCCGCAGCUCUACCAGCUGAACCAGAACGACCCCAGCAAACCAUACCAUCAUAAACCUGGCAGCAUCAUCUCUGUCGAGGGAGAAAAUCUCGAUCUGGCCAUCUACAAGCAUGAGGUGGAGGCUCGGAUCGGGGAGGGGGUGUGUUCGGUAAAGACUCUGACCCACAACCACUUGUACUGUGAACCACCAGCACAGCAGCCCUCAGUCGCAGCCAGCAACAAACAGGACGGCAUGGACAGUCUGCCUGAGUUCACAGUGAAAAUGGGGAAUCUGAACUUCUCUCUGGGCAGAGUGCAGUACGACAGCCAGGCCCAGUCUACAUUUCCUCUGGAGGCUCAGGUGGGAGUCGGGGUGGGAGCCUCUAUAGUGGCUCUCAUUGUGCUCAUCAUAGUCCUCAUAUACAGGAGGAAGAGCAAACAGGCCAUGAGGGACUACAAGAAGGUGCAGAUCCAGCUGGAGAACCUGGAGACCAGUGUGAGAGAUCGCUGCAAGAAAGAGUUCACAGACCUGAUGACAGAGAUGAUGGACAUGUCCAGUGAUUUGGUGGGUUCAGGGAUCCCCUUCCUGGAUUACCGGGCGUAUGCCGAGCGCAUUUUCUUCCCAGGCCACCAGGAGUCACCACUGAGACGAGAUCUGGACGUUCCAGAGAGUCGACGGCAGACUGUGGAGCAAGGGCUGGUUCAGCUGUCCAACCUCCUCAACAGUAAACUCUUUCUCACCAAGUUUAUUCACACUCUGGAGGUUCAACGGACAUUCUCCCCGAGGGACCGGGCCUAUGUGGCCUCUCUGCUGACUGUGGCCCUGCACGGUAAACUGGAGUACUUCACAGACAUCCUGAAGACGCUGCUUAACGAUCUCGUGGAACAGUACGUGGCCAAGAACCCCAAACUGAUGCUCAGGAGGACGGAAUCUGUGGUUGAGAAGCUUUUGACUAACUGGAUGUCCAUCUGUCUGUUUACCUUUCUGAGGGAAUCAGCAGGGGAGUCGUUCUACAUGCUGUUCAGAGCAAUAAAGCACCAGGUGGACAAGGGACCUGUGGACGCUGUGACAGGAAAAGCCAAGUACACACUGAAUGACAACCGGCUGCUGCGAGAGGACGUGGAGUACCGCACACUGACACUGAAUGUCGUGAUGCCAGCUGCAAACACCAGCGGAGGCACAACCACCCAGACGGUACCUGCCAAAGUCCUGGACUGUGACACCAUCACCCAAGUGAAGGAGAAGCUUGUGGAACAAACCUGGAAGGGGACCUCCUUUUCCCAGAGGCCACACAUUGACUCAUUACACCUCGAGUGGCGGGCAGGGGUUGCAGGUCACUUAAUCCUGUCAGAUGAAGACCUGACGUCAGUCGUACAAGGCUCAUGGAAACGCCUUAAUACACUGCAACACUACAAGGUCCCUGAUGGAGCAACAGUGGCCCUCGUCCCCAGGAACACUAAACAUCACCUCCAUGACAGCCAUGACUACAUGCCUGGAGAGAAGACCCCAAUGCUGGAUGACGGGGAUGAGGGAGGAAUGAGGCUGUGGCAUUUGGUGAAAGCCAGCGAGGAGUCCGAGCUGCCCAAACACAGGAGAGGAAGUCUGAGGGAGAGGGGAGGCGAGCGGGCCAAGGCUAUCCCUGAGAUCUACCUCACACGACUGCUCUCUAUGAAGGGAACACUGCAGAAGUUCGUGGAUGAUUUAUUCACGGCGAUCCUCAGCACCAGUCGUCCCGUACCUCUGGCUGUCAAAUACUUCUUCGACUUGUUGGAUGAGCAGGCUCUGCAGCACAACAUCACGGACCCCGAGACUAUCCACAUCUGGAAGACCAACAGUUUACCGCUGCGGUUCUGGAUCAAUAUCCUGAAGAACCCACAGUUCAUCUUUGACGUGCAGACCUCAGACCACGUGGACGCCGUGCUGUCCGUCAUUGCUCAGACCUUCAUGGAUUCCUGCACCAUCGCUGACCACAAACUGGGACGAGACUCUCCCAUCAACAAGUUGCUGUACGCCAGAGACAUACCGCGCUACAAACAGAUGGUGGAGAGGUACUAUGCAGACAUCCGUCAGACCAUCUCCGCCAGCGACCAGGAGAUGAACUCCGCUCUGGCAGAACUCUCUCGUAAUUAUACUGCUGAGGUCAACUGCCUUGUGGCUUUGCACGAGCUGUACAAGUACAUCAACAAAUACUAUGAUCAGAUCAUCACAGCCCUGGAGGAGGACUCCACAGCCCAGAAGAUGCAGCUCGGUUACAGGCUCCAACAGAUUGCUGCUGCUGUAGAAAACAAAGUCACAGACCUAUGACCCCGAGGACACCAUCGAUUUUUCCUUUAACCAUAGAGCUGAGGACUGUGAUGGAAGAAGGUUCCAACUCCUGGAGGAAAGAAGCAUGUUUUUUUUUUGUUUUUUUAAGAGGACAAAGGAAGGAACAGUGUGGCACAUGCUCUGAUUCUGCUGUCAUUUUAGCAGACUGAUUUUUACUUAAGAGGAUCACUGACACUGGCCAUGUUUCCUGUCCUGCAUCCAGGAGCAACAGUAAAUGUACACAGGUCCGAACACUGGGAGUAAAAUGACACUUGUCCAAAGGGGAAACAAAAAAGAGAAAAUGUGAAACGAAGCACGUCAAAACAAGGAAUUUCCUCCGAACUAUGACCUCUCUCAUGUACGAACAUGUUCGACUUCAACCUAAAGAGAGACAUGAUCUGAAAAUAGAUGUUUUUGUUGUUCUUACGUAUCUGAGUGGACUUUCCUUGGAGAUUUCCUUGACAAACUGCACAGAACAUUCCUGUAAGUUUUACAGCUACACUUGUUAGUCUUCUGCUGCGGCACGGAUGCUGGAGGUGAAGAAGCCAUGAGCGAGGAGGGAAAGGUAAACAUGGGGACCUUAAUGUCGACGGCUGCAGAGUUUUCUGCCACGUUGUGUCGAAGUCUUACAUAAAGGACAGACGGAUUAGGACACUUUAAAGUGCCGUGGACGCCGCUCAUCGUUCUGCGUUCAGCUUCCUUAAAUCAUUCGACCAAGUCUUACUCUACGUUGUUUAUCGGACAGUUGGUUGUUCAUGUAAACUUUCUUCUUCAUUUUUAAGCUUCACAUCGCCAGUUGUCCUUUGACUGCACUCUAUAGAUGCUGCCUCCCCGUGUACUUUGAACUUUUGUAAAAAGUGUUGAUUUUAUUCUGUUGCAGACGUAGUACAUGAACGCUCUCGACCCGCUUUCUUCUCUUGAUGACCUACAGUGUUGUGUGAAUGUUUCGCAAAUGUCGAUAACCGUUUUGUAAACAGUUGUUUUUAUAUAGGACAGUUUAGCAGAGGUGCGUACUGAUAGCUAAGUCAUCAAGUGAUCCGUCCCGAAGAAAAGUCUUCUACAACGACAGCCAUUUAAUCUGAUUCCGAGGAAAACAGAUGAUCUGAUCACCCGACUUCUUAGGAAAAUAAUGCACAGAUAUAUGAAUAAUGCUCAAAGAACUGAGGAAUAUGUCUUAAAACUGGAGUGAAUCAAUUCGACAUGAUUUAUGUUUUACAUCCGCUUCAGGAUUUUUCUCCUUCAACACACGACUGACAGGACGCAGUGGAGCCUUCAUAGGUUCUGUUAAUGGACUGUUAAUCCUGAGAUGGCUGUAAAAUAAAUAAUGUGGGAUUAAAUUCUGACAUAUUUACACAGUUAUUUCUCAUACAUGUCCAUUUUAUAGAUUUAUUUUAAAUUGCUUUGUUGAGUUUGUUUUAUUUCAGUCAGAUUUGAUCUUCUGUAUUUCAAACAUAUUUCGAUACAAUAUUUUUUGUUCUUAGAUUUUUCCACGGAGCCACUGAUCUCUUCCCUGUGGUCUCUUGACUGAACUGAAGUUGUGUUUCGCUGUUCAGCUCCACCUGAGCAGGAUUGCUGCUAGUUAUCAGUUUUUCACACACACAUUUUAUGCUGAUUUGAAGCUUUAAUUUGCGUUCAUGUUUCCUUGGUGUCAUGCCAGAUUUGAGCAGUGUUACGGCAGAACAGAGCUGCACUUUUCUCUCAAGACUUAAAUUAUGAUUCAUGAUCGAUCGUGCCUUUGCUCCCUGUUCUGAAAGUCUUUUACUAGUUUUUUUUUUCAAUUUAAUUUAUUUUUUAUUUAUUUUAAUGCAUAUGUCAUUGGAUUUUCCUGACAUAUAAAAUAAUAGUAGUACCCCUUAAACCAGAUGUUCAGAUGAUUUGUUUUUUGAAGUAAAUCAUCGUGUUGUUUCUUUUUAUCCGUUCAGUUACUACAGGUCAAAAUCAAAUUCACAAUCAGCUGUCUUAAAUACUGUUUUGAUCUCUCCUCUUUUUUUUUUUUAGAGGCAACAGGAAUAUGAUUUUAACAUUAAACAGCGAUUAUUACAUAUAAAUAAAAAAAACUCUUCAUCAUUCUUUGACAUGCACAUUCGUGUCGCUUGUGGCUUCCUCGUGUCUGCAAAGCUCCUUCUGAUGUUUUUGUUCCAUGUUCUGUAGAUACAUACUGCUCUUAAGUAAUCCUGACUUUAGUGUUCUCAGACUAAUUGAUAGGAUGAACCUAACAACAACUUAAUGUGAUGCAAUAAAGUGCUCCAGAUGUU